UCAGGAAUUAUUUGGGAGUGUGCUGCCUACUCACUUGCUGAGUGCAUUUGGAAGUGAUGAAAGAUUUAUGCAGAUGUUACUGAUCAGCCCUGGGCUUAAUUUUUAUAUUUUUAUCGCAUUGCAAAUAAGGUCUUGAGUUAAAGAUAUAAAGACUAUAUUUUAUUUACAAUUAUUUGUAAGGAAAAAGAUGACAGAGGCAAUUUUUAAAAAUCAAGUUACCAAGUUAUGACUACUUUUUCUAACACGCCUCUGAGGUCACAGAAAUAUUGUCUUUAUAACAUAUAAUUCAUACUAAGUUUUAAUGAAUACUAUCUCACAGUGCAAGUAGAAGCACUUUUUCAAAAGUGCUUGCUAUAUAGUAGAAAUCAACAGUUUAAGAUACACAACUUGUAGCAGCAUGAUUAAACAUCAGCUAGUGCUUUACUUUCAUUUGCUUGUGAUUGAAAACAUUUUCACUUGCUUUGAGGAUCAGUGAAAUUGACUUUUUAACACAAAACUAGUAAAAUAAACUUUUGCUGCCAACUACACUGAAGAAACAAGCCUCUCUUUCCUUUUGGUCAUCACUUUCAAAAGUGGAAGUCAGCAGUUCUCUAUUCUAAGUCUGAGCAGGUAGACUAUGGAUUGCUGGAAGGGACCCAUAAGCCACAGCUGGAUUUAUCCCACUGUGAUCAUCUGUGCAAAUGGAUUUUUCACCACAAUGAGGCCAUCAGAAGCUUUUCUUACCCCCUAUCUAACAGGACCAGACAAAAACCUCACGAUAGAAGAGGUUACCAACCAGAUUUUUCCAGUUUGGACAUACUCCUACCUGGCUCUCCUCUUCCCAGUGUUCCUGCUCACAGACUACGUGCGCUACAAGCCCGUGCUGCUCCUGCAGGGCACCAGCCUCAUCGUCACCUGGCUCCUGCUGCUCUUUGCACACGGAGUGGUGGCCAUGCAGCUGGUGGAAUUCUUCUACGGCAUGGUCACAGCCACCGAGGUGGCCUAUUACGCCUACAUCUACAGCGUGGUCAGCACCCAGCACUACCAGAGGGUCACCAGCUACUGCAGGAGUGUCACUCUGGCGGCAGCCACCGUGGCCGCCGUGCUGGGACAGCUGCUGGUGUCCUUAGCACACGUCUCCUACUUCUACCUCAACGCCAUGACCUUGGCUUCCGUGUCCCUGGCGUUCCUGUGCGCGUUCUUCCUGCCCAUGCCCCAGAGGAGCAUGUUCUUCCACAGGAAAGGCGCCCCCGAGCCUCUGCCAGGGCCUGCCAAAGGGCUGGCUGCGGGCACUGCCCACGGGCCCCCGAGCCGCCCGCAGGAAAGGAGCCCCGAUGCUGCUGCCAGGGGCCCGAGCCCCCAGCCCCGGGCUGGCAGUGCCAGGCCCCAGGGGCACAUGCUCAGCGUGCUGCUGCAGCUGGCCAGGGACCUGAGGGAUUGCUACGGCUCCCGCAAACUCCUCUACUGGUCCCUGUGGUGGGCUCUGGCCACGGCCGGCUUUAACCAGGUGGUGAAUUAUGUCCAGGUGCUGUGGGACUGGCGAGCCCCCUCCCACAGCUCUGCAGUGUACAACGGAGCUGUCGAAGCAAUAGCAACUUUUUUAGGUUCAGCAACAUCCAUGGCAGUUGGAUAUGUUAAAGUAAACUGGGAUCUCUCUGGAGAACUGGCUUUGGGAAUUUUCUCUGCACUGGAUGCUGGUUCCCUGCUUCUUAUGCACUUCACUGACAACAUCUGGGCAUGUUAUGCUGGUUACCUUGCAUUUAAAGCCUGCUAUAUGCUCCUUAUAACAAUAGCAACGUUUCAGAUUGCUGUCAACCUCAGCAUGGAGCGUUAUGCUUUGAUGUUUGGCUUCAACAACUUUGUUGCACUGGUGAUUCAGACAAUUUUAACUGUUGUUGUAGUAGAUUCAAGAGGUCUGGGACUGGAUAUCAGCACUCAGUUUCUCAUUUAUGGCAGCUACUUCACAGUCAUAACUGGAAUUUUUCUGAUCAGAAGCAUGUACACCAUAAUUUCCAUCAAAUGCAGAAAAACAAGCGUGGCUGCUGAAAGCACUGCCCCUUAACAACCAAGACAAAAGCAAUGGUUACAAGCAACAAUGCAGAAGGCUCCAUGAUCUGAACAACAAAUCAGGAGAAAUAUAACGUUCAAUCAAGCAAAACUGGUCCACGUUGAAGAAGGCUGUUUAUGAGCCUAUUGCACAGAGAGCUUUGUCAACAGGAUGAUGCAUUUGGUCCAUUUUCUUCACCAGGAGUUUAAUACAAAUAUUCCUCAAACAGUCUUCUAAUUCAAGUUUAGUGAUCCAACAUACAAACUUGUAUUAAGACCCAGUGAGCACAAGGACAUACAGAUGCCUAAACAUCACAGCAGAGGAGCUCAUAGAACAACCUUGGGACAUUCCCUCCUACUGAGUAUUUAAGUAUAAGGCAAUUUAGUUACUGACAGAAAACCAUCUGAUAUGACUGGGGAAUCUAAAGCAGUUGUACCAGACAAUGACAUGUCAGAAUAUUUCUCACAGAGGCCUUUGGAAAACUUAACACUUUUUCAACUGGACAUUGUGUCUGCCUUUCAGAAAUCAGGAUGGUCCUUCAAGUGUAGCAUCUUCUUACACUUGUUUAGGACUGAAGUCUGUAGGAUUAAUUUCUGUAUAAGGGGCCUAAAAAGUUAUCAAGUGAAGUGCUUUGAUGCUAAAGCACAAAAACACAGCUUUCAGGCAACUAUGCUAUUUGCACAAACAAUUGUGGGAACAAAUGCAGAGAUUUCCAUGAUAAAAACAUUUAAAAUCAGGGUGAAGAAUUAAUUUUUAAAAUAAAGCUAUUUUUAAAACUUAA